UUUAAGGAAAAUGACUCAUUGGUUUCAUAGGAACCCAUUAAAAGCCACAGCUCCUGUAUCUUUUAACUACUAUGGUGUAGUCAUGGGUCCUGCUGCUUCAAAAGCUUGCAGUGACUUGAGAGCAUCCCGGGCACGGCUUCUUGAACUGUUCACGGAUUUGAGUUGUAAUCCAGAAAUGAUGAAAAAUGCAGCAGAUUCCUAUUUUUCACUUCUACAAGGUUUCAUAAAUUCAUUGGAUGGAUCUACCCAAGAGAGCAAGUUACGCUAUAUUCAGAAUUUUAAAUGGACAGAUACAUUACAAGGACAAAUCCCAAGUGCCCAGCAAGAUGGUGUUUUUGAAUUAAUUUCUAUGGGAUUUAAUGUUGCUUUAUGGUAUACCAAAUAUGCUUCAAGACUGGCUGGAAAAGAAAACAUAACAGAAGAUGAAGCAAAAGAAGUUCAUCGAAGCCUAAGAAUUGCAGCUGGCAUUUUUAAACAUUUAAAGGAAAAUCAUGUCCCAAAGCUUAUUACACCUGCAGAAAAAGGAAGGGAUUUAGAGACACGACUCAUAGAUGCUUAUAUCAUCCAGUGCCAGGCUGAGGCUCAAGAAGUAACAAUCGCUCGAGCAAUUGAACUAAAACAUGCUCCACAACUUAUUGCUGCACUGGCAUAUGAAACAGCUAAUUUUUAUCAAAAAGCUGAUCAUACUUUAUCCAGUUUGGAGCCUGCGUACUCUGCAAAAUGGAGAAAAUAUCUUCUCUUAAAAAUGUGUUUCUACAUGGCAUAUGCUUACUGUUAUCAUGGUCAGACUUUGUUGGCUAGUGAUAAAUGUGGUGAAGCAAUAAGGUCUCUCCAAGAAGCAGAAAAAUUAUAUACUAAGGCUGAAACCUUAUGCAAAGAAUAUGGGGAAACCAAAGGACCUGGACCAACAGUAAAACCUGCGGAAUACUUGUUCUUUACAAAACUUGGAAAUCUUGUGAAGACUUCCCUAGAAAAGUGCCAAAGAGAAAAUGGAUUUAUAUACUUCCAAAAAAUCCCAGUGGAAGCCCCACAACUGGAACUCAAGGCAAAUUAUGGUCUUGUGGAGCCCAUACCUUUCACAUUUCCUCCUACUAGUGCACUAUGGACACCAGAUACAUUGGCUGAGUUUGAUCUCACCAAGAGACCCAAGGAUGACAGUACGAAGCCCAAACCAGAUGAUGAAGUAAAACCUGUGAAAGAACCAGAUAUCAAACCUCAGAAGGACACUGGAUGCUGCAUUUCCUAAAAUGCACUGAAACAACAUGCACUUUGAGUUUCUC